CUUCUUUUGGUGAUUGGAUGGUGUUUACAGAUUUCAUCACAGGGUACCACCAAUCAGGAUCAGGCUGCUGUUGCUGAUGUGCCUGCCAAUCUGGUAACUACCUCUCUACGCAGCACCGUACCUAACAGGAGUCUGCUAGCAAUGAAAAAAAUAAGCCUGUGAUUGGCAUCUGCACCCAUAAUGUUGCUGAGAGCAGACCCAGCAGAGGAAGAUUGUCGAUGAAGUGUGGGGCUUAGCACCAGCUGCUUCAGCUGCUGUUUUUAGAAUUAACAAUUUAGGUUGUCUGCUUGAGAACAAACAGAGGGAGGAAUACAUUGGAAAUGGACAAAAGAACCAUUUCUUAUUAAAAUAACGAGCCACAAAGGAUAACACAAAGAACCAGCUGAAUGUGUUUGUGCCCUCCAUCUUUGGGAUUCUGAUGGGGACCAGCGAGGCUGCACUUCGGAUGGAAAACGUUGAGCUGAAGGAGGAGUGGCAAGAUGAUGAUUUUCCCAGACCAAUACCAGAGGAACAAGCGAUGGAUGUUUUCGGACGAUUACCAGCUCUAGAAAACAGAACUUUGCCCCCUAAUACACUGAAUAUUAAUGGAAAUCAUCCAAAGCGCAAAACUCUUGUUGCCCCGGAAAUUAACAUCUCCCUGGAUCAGAGUGAGGGCUCCAUCUUGUCCGAUGACUAUCUGGAUACACCCGACGACCUGGACAUUAAUGUAGAUGAUCUGGAGACUCCGGAUGAGACAGACUCCCUGGAAUAUUUGGGAAAUGGAAAUGAGUUGGAAUGGGAAGAUGAUACUCCAGUUGCAAGUGCUAAAAAUUCUCCCAGUGGAAAAGGGGGCUCUUUUGAAGAUGGUGCAGGAGAGGAUGGGGAAGCCACCAAUGGGAGAUUGUGGAGGACAAUCAUCAUCGGAGAGCAGGAGCACAGGAUUGACAUGAAAAUCAUCAGGCCAUAUAUGAGAGUGGUGACUCAUGGAGGCUAUUAUGGUGAAGGAUUGAAUGCAAUCAUUGUAUUUGCUGCUUGUUACCUGCCCGACAGUGGAUGUGCAGACUAUACCUACAUCAUGGAAAACCUCUUCCUGUAUGUGAUCAGCAUCUUAGAGCUACUGGUUGCUGAAGACUACAUGAUUGUGUACCUGAAUGGGGCCACACCUCGCAGGAGGAUGCCAGGCCUGGGAUGGCUGAAGAAGUGUUACCAGAUGAUAGACAGGAGGCUAAGGAAGAACCUGAAGUCAUUAAUAAUCGUUCACCCAUCCUGGUUUAUUAGGACUGUGCUGGCAAUAUCCAGGCCAUUUAUUAGUUUUAAGUUCAUGAGUAAGAUUCAGUACGCUUACACCCUCUCUGAACUGGAGCAGGUCAUUCCAAUGGAACAGAUGCAGAUCCCAGAAUGUGUUUUACAAUUUGAAGAAGAAAGAAUCAAAGCUAAGAGACCCAGGACAGAGGAUGAUGAAAACGCAACUGAGAAAAACAGAUCUGGAACUGCAGCAGAAGAGCAGGAGUAAAGGAAGUUAAGAAGCUUCACAUCAUAGACUGGAAUUCAGAGAAAACUGGAUGAAGUUCUUGACAAGAAAGUUGUUUUGAAAUUUGUGAUAUGGUUGAAGGUUAUAAAUAUUGAUUUUCACUCUCUGUCACUGACUCCAGGAUUCAGGCAGCAGAUAUUGGGCCAGAAUCGUCUGAAAUCUGUGGCCAUUAAUCAGGCGAUUCAAACACAACAUGGGGCUUUGUGGCUCAAAAUGUCAAAUGAAAAAUGAGUAGGUUAAGGUCAUAAUUCUUUUUCCACAAGAUUCCCUUUUAUAUAAAUCAUUUAGUACCUUGGUUUUGCCAACCCUGUUCCUCCCCAUUGAUCUCCUGAAACACUGUCUAUUGCUGUGCUGUUAACUUCAAAGUCACCAGCCUUCCCCCCCGGAACUGCAGAUGUUCUUCACACAUCAACUUAAAUGUCAAAUGUCAGCAGGAUAUCCCCUGAAGGUAUCGCAGCAGACUUGAUUCUCUCCAACCUGACACUCAUACUUUACGACAGCAGCUUCUGGAUAAAAUCCACCACUGAUUGAAGGCUCCAUGUCUUCUUAGCCCACUUCCCUUUUAUUAAAAGGAUGUGCGGGAGAUUCCCUCAUCAGUGAGCCUCAAGGAUAGCUGCUGUGGAAAAGUUAUUGGUGCAUGUUGGGUUGGAAUUUAACCAUAUAAGUAAUGUUUCAAAACAACUGACCCAUGACUAUUUGAGAAUGGCUUUGGUACAUUCAUCAGUAUCACCCUGAUUAGUACUAGAUAUAAAAAAUGGUCAGGUUAUUAUUUAACAGUACACCAACAUAAGUAAUUUUAGGAUUCUGGUGAUGGACAAAGAGAUGAAAUGGCAAUAAAAUGAGCCCUUUAUGAUCAGGUCGGUGCUGCUUUGAUGUCACCAAGAAGUUCUCGGGUUCAACCAGGAAGGUCUCAGUUGGAGUGUUUGCUUCUUUGGGAUGAUGAGAAAGGUCAUGGAUUCAGUUAGCUGAUCUCAGCCAGGAUGGCUGUCCUGGUGUGCUCCAGUCGCCAACUGUGCUGCUCAGUAGGAGUGUGGUAUGAGGGAGAACAUCUGUCCAAAGAGCCAAGUACAGCUGCAAUGCCCUCAAUGGUUGGGUUGCCUGCCAUGACUUGAUGUCAGGGCUCAGACACAAAGAAGGGGCAAGAUGCUGCAGCAAGAAUCAGCAAGGGAGAGUACAGGGAUGACAACAGAACUGCUGUUUUAGUGGGUCAGUUAUGGCAAGAGUGGAAGGCAGAUUGAGUGGAUCCUAACUCACUGUGGCGGCACAAAAUGAGGUCUGGCUGACAAUCAAAAGUUUAAAAAUACCUGGUGGAUAAGUCAGUUAUUGCAAGUAUUUUUUGAUGAAUCUUGUUGUAAUUGUCCCUCAUGGUUAACACAUGUUCAGUUUUAAGCUGCUUUUUGUUACGUUCCUUCGUUAUUAAUAUUUUCAGUCACGUUAAAUUCCAGCUCUUGAAUAAAUGCUUGCUCCCGAACAGCAGUGUGAACAUCUUCCUGUGUAAUCACCAGCAGCAGAAAUGGUGACUUUUACUGGAUGUAUUUGUUCUGUAUUAUAUAAUCUCAAAGGUGGCACUUUGAUGAUCUUUUGCCUAUUGUCUAUUUCAGGACUUUUAGUAGAAAACUUUAAUGAAAUGUCUUGAUAUUCUUACUGGGUAUCCAGAUUCUUCAUGUGAGUGUUUUCCAGUCAUGGGCUUUUCGACACGCAAUACUGGGGAAUGGAAUGAUCUGCCCCAAAUGGUAAGGUUCUGAUCAUGGGAAAUGGAUAGCUCCAUUGACUCACUACGUUCUUCAAUUUCAGGAAGGCUUUCAGCCCCACCUAUUAAUAGCAUCUGGGACAUUCUCCUGCAUAACAGGAGUGCUGAACACAACUGAAUCCCAGUUCUGAUGCUACUUCCCAGUCUUUGAAUGGAGAUCCAAUGGUAGAAGGAACAGUGGGUCUGCCCAGAAUCAAAACCAUGACUGUCCCCUCAGCAGAUUUAAAAUUUCCCCAUCUAUGAUUGACUUCGCAGAAUACUAGAAAUGGUUUAAGAAACUGCUGAAUGAUGUUAAUGUUAGGUAGCACAGUUACAAUUCUGGAAAGAUCAGAAGUAAAUGAGCUUUCUUCAUACAAAUCCACCUCACAGCCUUCAGGUAACUCUGUAAUUUGAUUUGAAAUUUGGGCUAAAACUCUGCUAAUUGGGCAAAGCAAUGUCAAAUUCAUAUUAAACUUUGAUUGAAAAUUAAAAUGGUUCCAAAUGGAUGGACGUGGUUUAGAACUACUCCCACUGAAUAGGUUUAGCUGUCGCUUUCUAUUCUGCACCUUUAGUCCAUUCGAUCUGUGGAUUAGGUAUGGUCAAGCUCACAGGAUCUGAUAAGCUUGCUCUUUGGCCAUUGCCUACAUUUUGGCCACAUGAUUUUCUUGCAACAUCAAUGUCCCAUUUGUCUCUAUAUCCGCAGCAUCACCAACUGCCCACUUCCAGCUUUUUAAUAUCACUUCAUCUCAAUUUGUCUAUUACUGAAUCCUUAUGUUUUUGUAACCUCGAGACCUGGCUAUUCCAGUAUUCCCUUGGUCAGCCUCCCAACUUCUAUUCACCAUAAACAACGAUCCAUAAAAAACUCUGCUACUUAUAUCCCACUUUGUACCACCCUUUUAAUCUAUCUUCAUUGUUUCUGCUGACCUAUGUUGGUUCAUCUGGCAACACAUCAAUGUUGAAGUUGUCAUACUUAUUCCAAAUCCCUCAGCAGCCCUCUAUCUAACCUUACAGUCCUCUGAGAUCUUUAGGCUCCUCUGAUUCUGACUGCUUGCACAUUCCUACUUUUAAUUUUUGUACCCAGGGCAACCAUGCUUUCAGCUGCCUCACCCCCUAAUUUCUGGAAUUCCUUUUGAUUUCCUAAAGAUAUUUUUAUUAGUUACAUGUACAUCGAAACACACAGUGAAAUGCAUCUUCUUGCGUAGGGUGUUCUGGGGGCAGUCUACAAGUGUCACCAUGCUUCCAGUGCCAACCUAGCAUGCCCACAGCUAAGCCACAGCUAAGCAUAGUCAGUGGGUAUAGUUCAAGACCAUAUCAUUAAAACCAUUGUUUUUUCAGUCAAAAUUUAAAGUAAAAAUGAAUUUGAUGUUGCCUUGGCCAAUUAGCAGAGUUUCAGCAGAAGUUUCAAACCUGUUUCCUACAAGAUGCUCCAAGCUCUUGGAGAUCUCAUGUGGCUCAUUAUCAAAUUUUCACAAAACACUUGUGGAGAAUUUUGGGAUGCUUUGUUUCAUUAAAAGUGCAAUGUAAUGCAAGUUGUUUAUGUUGUCAUUGUGACCCCACACUGUGCUUAUUCAGUCUGUUAAGAGGUGGCCGAGUUGACUGUUAAUUGCAGUUGGCUAACAUUGAGUCCAUUCAAUCUGAUCUAAAGACCACAAGUAUGGGGCCAUUGUUCUGAUAACAGUGACACAGCUAGCAGAGCUGUUGCCUCACAGCUCCAGCGACCUGGGUUUAAUCCCGAUUUCAGAUGCUAUGUGGAGUUUGCACGUUCUCUCUAUGACUGCAUCGGUUUCCUCCAGGAGCUCUGGUUUCCUCCCACAUGCUAAAGUCACGCAGGUUGGUAGGAAUGUGAAUUACCGCUGAGUACAAGGUGGGUGGCAGGAAAACCAGAGGAGAGUUGGUAGAGCAAGAGACAAUAAUAUGACACAAAAUGAUCUGCAUUUCAAUCCAACUUUAUCACAGGUUUGUAAAGAUAAGAGUAAAUUGAGGUAGGUGGGUUUGGCUGAAGCCUUUCACGGCAAUAGUAUUGAGAAUAAUACAUUUUCUUCUUCCUCCCAUUCAUUUUAUGCUCCAACAUAUUUGCUGCUUUAAUACGUUUAUUCAGAGCCUAUCUACCUAUAGAAUUUUAACUGACCUUGGAGUCAAUGUGUUCCUUCCCUAUCCAAAGACAGGGUAGAGGGAAGAGCAAGCUAUUCCAGCAUCCCCACAGAGAGCGAAAGGGUACUAUUAUAAUGGAACUAUUGGGUCUGUUGUGUUCUCUUCAAUUGAUCAACAAACACCCACACAGCACAACAGAAUCCAGGACGCGAGGGAAUUGUGGAGAUAGGCUCAUCACUUCACUGAGCCAUGAGUUGCAGCAUUUUCCUGGGGUGAAUUACUGGCUGGGAUGGGGGCCCUGAUUACAAGGUUAGUGACACUGUUGUGAACUGGACAUUUAACCAGUUUAUGCCUCAUGUAACGACUACACAUUGUUCUCUAUUAUUAUAAAAAUAAAGA